UGUGAUACUAGAAGUAUAAUACACUCGAAUGCCCGUAGUUUACUCUGGCCGGCAUGUCGGCUUCUGUAAAAUUAAGAUAUGGCCCAGAAGGGUGGUCUUCCAUUAAUCCAGAAGAGAGGAGCAUUUUAACAGCAAACAGGGUCAACGUUCAGAACCAAAAAUUUAAGAAAGAACUAGCUGUGAAACAACGAGGAAUCGAAGAUGAAAUGAAAUGCGACAAUAUUCUAUUUUCACGAAAGGAGUCGGUGAUGCAAAACCGAUUAAGUAGAUUGACAAAGGCUUCAGACAACUUUUGUGGAAGACUGGGAACACCAUUUUCUAGCGCUUCUAGCGAUAAUUGGAUUACUAAACAGGGGAGACCACCUUCUCAACAAGAACAAGGAUCAAAUACUAGCCAUAACUCCAACUCUUUAACGAGUUCUACGUGGAAAAACAAAGAAAAUUCAUCGAAGAGUAAAAGUAACAAUGGAGAGUGGCCAAGCACAUCACGACCAAAUAGCGAGCAAAAGACCAGACGAGUUCAUUUUGGACAAGAACCAAGCCAUCCGUGGAUAACAUAGUAACAAUUUGUGCUUUCAGACGUUAUCAAAGAAGCACAGAAUGUAUUAACGCCAAGGAGACACAGUGUACCAGGUGAUUUGGGAACUUAUAGAGAGGACCAUGACACAGCGUCAACUUCUAUGAGUUUACAAUUGCCUAACAUAUCGAAAACUGGCAGCACUAAACAGUUAACUUCAAGAUCAUCUAAUUCGUUAAAAAAAUCAAGUCACGGGUUCUCAAGUUCAUCUCUUGGGCACGGUUUCUCUAAUCUCACUCCUCGAAAUUCUCUCAAGGCGGUUUCGGGCUUAGAAGAAGAAAUGGCAAGGUGGAGGCGACUUCAUCACACUCGAGCAGUGAAUGCUCGUAUCAAAGCAGUGAGAAGUGGAGGUAAAAGACAUUCUUCAUGCAUCACCUUACGGGAAACCAUGGAUCAUGCUGCAAUGUUGCGAAGAGAAGAAGCGAUACACCCUGAGCCGUUUACUGCGGAGAAGGCAUGGGGCCUAUUGAACUGUGGAUAUUUGAGAUUGACCCAGAGCAAUAUUUCAACAUUGGAAGAUAUGUGCUCAGCAGCUGGAUAUGAUAUCAGUUCACAUCCACACAGAAGUACGGAAGACGCAGCAAAUGAUAUGCAAGCAGUUUUUGAGCAACUACGCGAAAAUCGACGACUUCAACCAGACGUGACGUCACAACUAAAAUUCCGGCAAUCUCUUUUGUUCAAAAGGUUAUCUGAAGGAUUGUUCACUCAUAUAUAAGAACACCGUGAUGCCAUUCAAUAAUGGUUACUUUUUUAAUGCUAAAAUUAUUUUAUUGAAUUAUAGUUUAUUUCAUGAUUUUUCUAAUCUGUACUGAAAAUGACA